ACUUCUGAAAACGUAUCGGGACCAUGAUGAUCCCAAGCGUCAUCGCGCCCCCCGCCUUCUACCCGGGUCUGUACCGGCCCAGCCUGCCGCUGCACCACACCUUCCCCGCGCACUCCAGUUUCCUCGUGGAGGACCUGCUGCGGAUAAGCCGACCCGCGGCCUUCGUCAACCGGACGGCGGUUUCCUCCAUGCCCACCAGCACCAGCAGCACCGCCUCUUUCAGCGGAGGUCCGGUCCUGGAGCGCGCCCCGGCGGUGACGCGCGACACCUGCUCCCCUAAAGCAGCCAAGGACCCGACUUUCCUCAAGUUUGGAGUCAGCGCCAUCCUGGCGCCUUCACCCAAGUCCAGCUCCAGCGCGGCGGUCCACCCCCUGCAGGCCAAGAGCUUCCCCGUGCCCUGCUUUGACGGGAGCCUCCACCCCAUGUUCAGGACGCCAUAUUUACCAGCCUCGUCAUCGGUGGUUCCCAUCCCGGGCACCUUCUCCUGGCCGCUGGCCGCCAGAGGCAAACCCCGCAGAGGGAUGCUGCGCAGGGCCGUGUUCUCCGACGUGCAGCGCAAGGCCCUGGAGAAGAUGUUCCAGAAGCAGAAGUACAUCAGCAAACCCGACAGGAAGAAGCUCGCCUCCAAGCUGGGACUCAAAGAUUCACAGGUGAAAAUCUGGUUCCAGAAUCGGAGGAUGAAGUGGAGAAACUCCAAGGAACGAGAGCUGCUUUCCUCGGGCGGGUGCCGAGAGCAGACCCUCCCCACCAAAGCGAACCCACACCCGGACCUCAGCGACGUGGGCAAGAAGUCCUCCGCCGAGGAUGAGGAGGAGGAGGAGGAAGAGUUCGGCGCGGAGAGGACGACGACGGGAUCCGGCGUCUCCUCCCCCUCUCUCUCCAGCAAGCACUCGGACUUCUCAGAGUCAGACGAAGAAGAGAUAACAGUGUCAUAAGUAGGCGAUGUGCGAUUAGUUCGGUCGUGAGACUGUGAGACACGUUUGUCAGACGCCGUCAGCCGCCGGCGACGCGCUUCUGAGACUCGCUUUGCUGUUUUGCACAGCUUCGUUCAAUUGUACAGUAUUUCGUGCAAUUUUGUAUGGAAAUUUUAUGCCAAGAAUAUCGCGUUACUUUGACCUUGAAUAGAGUCGUUUAUUGAACAAAGA